AUGCGCACGUGGCAACUCAGAGGGCCCAGUUUCACACCUCGCAUCGUCGACGAUGUCGGCAGAGGGGAAAUCCCCUCUGCAUGUGGGGAAAUGCCCUCUGCAUGUGGGGAAAUCCCCUCUGCAUGUGUGAAAAUCCCCUCUGCAUGUGGGGAAAUCCCCUCUGCAUGUGGGGAAAUCCCCUCUGCAUGUGGGGAAAUCCCCUCUGCAUGUGGGGAAAUCCCCUCUGCAUGUGGGGAAAUCCCCUCUGCAUGUGGGGAAAUCCCCUCUGCAUUGGGGAAAUCCCCUCUGCAUGUGGGGAAAUCCCCUCUGCAUGUGGGGAAAUCCCCUCUGCACGUUGGGAAAUCCCCUCUGCAUGUGGGAAAAUCCCCUCUGCAUGUGGGGAAAUCCCCUCUGCACGUGGGAAAAUCCCCUCUCCAUGUGGGGAAAUCCCCUCUGCACGUGGGGAAAUCCCCUCUGCAUGUGGGGAAAUCCCCUCUGCAUGUGGGGAAAUCCCCUCUGCAUGUGGGGAAAUCCCCUCUGCAUGUGGGGAAAUCCCCUCUGCAUGUGGGGAAAUUCCCUCUGCAUGUGGGGAAAUCCCCUCUGCAUGUGGGGAAAUCCCCUCUCCAUAUGGGGAAAUCCCCUCUGCACGUGAGGAAAUCCCCUCUGCACGUGGGGAAAUCCCCUCUGUAUGUGGGGAAGUCCCCUCUGCAUGUGGGGAAAUCCCCUCUGCAUGUGGGGAAAUCCCCUCUGCAUGUGGGGAAAUCCCCUCUGCACGUUGGGAAAUCCCCUCUGCACGUGGGGAAAUCCCCUCUGCAUGUGGGGAAAUCCCCUCUGCAUGUGGGGAAAUCCCCUCUGCACGUUGGGAAAUCCCCUCUGCAUGUGGGGAAAUCCCCUCUGCAUGUGGGGAAAGCCCCUCUGCAUGUGGGGAAAUCCCCUCUGCAUGUUGGGAAAUCCCCUCUGCAUGUGGGGAAAUCCCCUCUGCAUGUGGGGAAAUCCCCUCUGCAUGUGGGGAAAUCCCCUCUGCAUGUUGGAAAAUCCCCUCUGCAUGUGGGGAAAUCCCCUCUGCAUGUGGGGGAAUCCCCUCUGCAUGUGGGGAAAUCCCCUCUGCAUGUGGGGAAAUCCCCUCUGCAUGUGGGGAAAUCCCCUCUGCAUGUGGGGAAAUCCCCUCUGCAUGUGGGGAAAUCCCCUCUGCAUGUGGGGAAAUCCCCUCUGCACGUUGGGAAAUCCCCUCUGCAUGUGGGGAAAUCCCCUCUGCAUAUGGGGAAAUCCCCUCUGCAUGUGGGGAAAUCCCCUCUGCACGUUGGGAAAUCCCCUCUGCAUGUGGGGAAAUCCCCUCUGCAUGUGGGGAAAUCCCCUCUGCACGUGGGGAAAUCCCCUCUGCACGUGGGGAAAUCCCCUCUCCAUGUGGGGAAAUCCCCCCUGCAUGUGGGGAAAUCCCCUCUGCAUGUGGGGAAAUCCCCUCUGCAUGUGGGGAAAUCCCCUCUGCAUGUGGGGAAAUCCCCUCUGCAUGUGGGGAAAUCCCCUCUGCAUGUGGGGAAAUCCCCUCUGCAUGUGGGGAAAUCCCCUCUGCAUGUGGGGAAAUCCCCUCUGCAUGUGGGGAAAUCCCCUCUGCAUGUGGGGAAAUCCCCUCUGCAUGUGGGGAAAUCCCCUCUGCAUGUGGGGAAAUCCCCUCUGCAUGUGGGGAAAUCCCCUCUGCAUGUGGGGAAAUCCCCUCUGCAUGUGGGGAAAUCCCCUCUGCAUGUGGGGAAAUCCCCUCUGCAUGUGGGGAAAUCCCCUCUGCAUGUGCGGAAAUCCCCUCUGCAUGUGGGGAAAUCCCCUCUGCAUGUGGGGAAAUCCCCUCUGCAUGUGGGGAAAUCCCCUCUGCAUGUGGGGAAAUCCCCUCUGCAUGUUGGAAAAUCCCCUCUGCAUGUGGGGAAAUCCCCUCUGCAUGUGGGGAAAUCCCCUCUGCAUGUGGGGAAAUCCCCUCUGCAUGUGGGGAAAUCCCCUCUGCAUGUGGGGAAAUCCCCUCUGCAUGUGGGGAAAUCCCCUCUGCAUGUGGGGAAAUCCCCUCUGCAUGUGGGGAAAUCCCCUCUGCAUGUGGGGAAAUCCCCUCUGCAUGUGGGGAAAUCCCCUCUGCAUGUGGGGAAAUCCCCUCUGCAUGUGGGGAAAUCCCCUCUGCACGUUGGGAAAUCCCCUCUGCAUGUGGGGAAAUCCCCUCUGCAUGUGGGGAAAUCCCCUCUGCAUGUGGGGAAAUCCCCUCUGCACGUUGGGAAAUCCCCUCUGCAUGUGGGGAAAUUCCCUCUGCAUGUGGGGAAAUCCCCUCUGCACGUGUGGAAAUCCCCUCUCCAUGUGGGGAAAUCCCCUCUCCAUGUGGGGAAAUCCCCUCUGCAUGUGGGGAAAUCCCCCCUGCAUGUGGGGAAAUCCCCUCUGCAUGUUGGGAAAUCCCCUCUGCAUGUGGAGAAAUCCCCUCUGCAUGUGGGGAAAUCCCCUCUGCACGUUGGGAAAUCCCCUCUGCAUGUGGGGAAAUCCCCUCUGCAUGUGGGGAAAUCCCCUCUGCAUGUGGGGAAAUCCCCCCUGCAUGUGGGGAAAUCCCCUCUGCAUGUGGGGAAAUCCCCUCUGCAUGUGGGAAAAUCCCCUCUCCAUGUGGGGAAAUCCCCUCUGCAUGUGGGGAAAUCCCCCCUGCAUGUGGGGAAGUCCCCUCUGCAUGUGGGGAAAUCCCCUCUGCAUGUGGGGAAAUCCCCUCUCCAUGUGGGGAAAUCCCCUCUGCACGUGGGGAAAUCCCCUCUCCAUGUGGGGAAAUCCCCCCUGCAUGUGGGGAAAUCCCCUCUGCAUGUGGGGAAAUCCCCUCUGCAUGUGGGGAAAUCCCCUCUGCAUGUGGGGAAAUCCCCUCUGCAUGUGGGGAAAUCCCCUCUGCAUGUGGGGAAAUCCCCUCUGCAUGUGGGGAAAUCCCCUCUGCAUGUGGGGAAAUCCCCUCUGCAUGUGGGGAAAUCCCCUCUGCAUGUGGGGAAAUCCCCUCUGCAUGUGGGGAAAUCCCCUCUGCAUGUGGGGAAAUCCCCUCUGCAUGUGGGUAAAUCCCCCCUGCAUGUGGGGAAAUCCCCUCUGCAUGUGGGGAAAUCCCCUCUGCAUGUGGGGAAAUCCCCUCUCCAUGUGGGGAAAUCCCCUCUGCAUGUGGGGAAAUCCCCCCUGCAUGUGGGGAAGUCCCCUCUGCAUGUGGGGAAAUCCCCUCUGCAUGUGGGGAAAUCCCCUCUCCAUGUGGGGAAAUCCCCUCUGCACGUGGGGAAAUCCCCUCUCCAUGUGGGGAAAUCCCCCCUGCAUGUGGGGAAAUCCCCUCUGCAUGUGGGGAAAUCCCCUCUGCAUGUGGGGAAAUCCCCUCUGCAUGUGGGGAAAUCCCCUCUGCAUGUGGGGAAAUCCCCUCUGCAUGUGGGGAAAUCCCCUCUGCAUGUGGGGAAAUCCCCUCUGCAUGUGGGGAAAUCCCCUCUGCAUGUUGGGAAAUCCCCUCUGCAUGUGGGGAAAUCCCCUCUGCAUGUGGGGAAAUCCCCCCUGCAUGUGGGGAAAUCCCCUCUGCAUGUGGGGAAAUCCCCUCUCCAUGUGGGGAAAUCCCCCCUGCAUGUGGGGAAAUCCCCUCUGCAUGUGGGGAAAUCCCCUCUGCAUGUGGGAAAAUCCCCUCUCCAUGUGGGGAAAUCCCCUCUGCAUGUGGGGAAAUCCCCCCUGCAUGUGGGGAAGUCCCCUCUGCAUGUGGGGAAAUCCCCUCUGCAUGUGGGGAAAUCCCCUCUCCAUGUGGGGAAAUCCCCUCUGCACGUGGGGAAAUCCCCUCUCCAUGUGGGGAAAUCCCCCCUGCAUGUGGGGAAAUCCCCUCUGCAUGUGGGGAAAUCCCCUCUGCAUGUGGGGAAAUCCCCUCUGCAUGUGGGGAAAUCCCCUCUGCAUGUGGGGAAAUCCCCUCUGCAUGUGGGGAAAUCCCCUCUGCAUGUGGGGAAAUCCCCUCUGCAUGUGGGGAAAUCCCCUCUGCACGUGAGGAAAUCCCCUCUGCACGUGGGGAAAUCCCCUCUCCAUGUGGGGAAAUCCCCCCUGCAUGUGGGGAAAUCCCCUCUGCAUGUGGGGAAAUCCCCUCUGCAUGUGGGGAAAUCCCCUCUGCAUGUGGGGAAAUCCCCUCUGCAUGUGGGGAAAUCCCCUCUGCAUGUGCGGAAAUCCCCUCUGCAUGUGGGGAAAUCCCCUCUGCAUGUGGGGAAAUCCCCUCUGCAUGUGGGGAAAUCCCCUCUGCAUGUGGGGAAAUCCCCUCUGCAUGUUGGAAAAUCCCCUCUGCAUGUGGGGAAAUCCCCUCUGCAUGUGGGGAAAUCCCCUCUGCAUGUGGGGAAAUCCCCUCUGCAUGUGGGGAAAUCCCCUCUGCAUGUGGGGAAAUCCCCUCUGCAUGUGGGGAAAUCCCCUCUGCAUGUGGGGAAAUCCCCUCUGCACGUUGGGAAAUCCCCUCUGCAUGUGGGGAAAUCCCCUCUGCAUGUGGGGAAAUCCCCUCUGCAUGUGGGGAAAUCCCCUCUGCACGUUGGGAAAUCCCCUCUGCAUGUGGGGAAAUCCCCUCUGCAUGUGGGGAAAUCCCCUCUGCAUGUGGGGAAAUCCCCUCUGCAUGUGCGGAAAUCCCCUCUGCAUGUGGGGAAAUCCCCUCUGCAUGUGGGGAAAUCCCCUCUGCAUGUGGGGAAAUCCCCUCUGCAUGUGGGGAAAUCCCCUCUGCAUGUUGGAAAAUCCCCUCUGCAUGUGGGGAAAUCCCCUCUGCAUGUGGGGAAAUCCCCCCUGCAUGUGGGGAAAUCCCCUCUGCAUGUGGGGAAAUCCCCUCUGCAUGUGGGGAAAUCCCCUCUGCAUGUGGGGAAAUCCCCUCUGCAUGUGGGGAAAUCCCCUCUGCAUGUGGGGAAAUCCCCUCUGCAUGUUGGGAAAUCCCCUCUGCAUGUGGGGAAAUCCCCUCUGCAUGUGGGGAAAUCCCCCCUGCAUGUGGGGAAAUCCCCUCUGCAUGUGGGGAAAUCCCCUCUCCAUGUGGGGAAAUCCCCCCUGCAUGUGGGGAAAUCCCCUCUGCAUGUGGGGAAAUCCCCUCUGCAUGUGGGAAAAUCCCCUCUCCAUGUGGGGAAAUCCCCUCUGCAUGUGGGGAAAUCCCCCCUGCAUGUGGGGAAGUCCCCUCUGCAUGUGGGGAAAUCCCCUCUGCAUGUGGGGAAAUCCCCUCUCCAUGUGGGGAAAUCCCCUCUGCACGUGGGGAAAUCCCCUCUCCAUGUGGGGAAAUCCCCCCUGCAUGUGGGGAAAUCCCCUCUGCAUGUGGGGAAAUCCCCUCUGCAUGUGGGGAAAUCCCCUCUGCAUGUGGGGAAAUCCCCUCUGCAUGUGGGGAAAUCCCCUCUGCAUGUGGGGAAAUCCCCUCUGCAUGUGGGGAAAUCCCCUCUGCAUGUGGGGAAAUCCCCUCUGCACGUGGGGAAAUCCCCUCUGCACGUGGGGAAAUCCCCUCUCCAUGUGGGGAAAUCCCCCCUGCAUGUGGGGAAAUCCCCUCUGCAUGUGGGGAAAUCCCCUCUGCAUGUGGGGAAAUCCCCUCUGCAUGUGGGGAAAUCCCCUCUGCAUGUGGGGAAAUCCCCUCUGCAUGUGCGGAAAUCCCCUCUGCAUGUGGGGAAAUCCCCUCUGCAUGUGGGGAAAUCCCCUCUGCAUGUGGGGAAAUCCCCUCUGCAUGUGGGGAAAUCCCCUCUGCAUGUUGGAAAAUCCCCUCUGCAUGUGGGGAAAUCCCCUCUGCAUGUGGGGAAAUCCCCUCUGCAUGUGGGGAAAUCCCCUCUGCAUGUGGGGAAAUCCCCUCUGCAUGUGGGGAAAUCCCCUCUGCAUGUGGGGAAAUCCCCUCUGCAUGUGGGGAAAUCCCCUCUGCAUGUGGGGAAAUCCCCUCUGCAUGUGGGGAAAUCCCCUCUGCACGUUGGGAAAUCCCCUCUGCAUGUGGGGAAAUCCCCUCUGCAUGUGGGGAAAUCCCCUCUGCAUGUGGGGAAAUCCCCUCUGCACGUUGGGAAAUCCCCUCUGCAUGUGGGGAAAUUCCCUCUGCAUGUGGGGAAAUCCCCUCUGCACGUGGGGAAAUCCCCUCUCCAUGUGGGGAAAUCCCCUCUCCAUGUGGGGAAAUCCCCUCUGCAUGUGGGGAAAUCCCCCCUGCAUGUGGGGAAAUCCCCUCUGCAUGUUGGGAAAUCCCCUCUGCAUGUGGGGAAAUCCCCUCUGCAUGUGGGGAAAUCCCCUCUGCACGUUGGGAAAUCCCCUCUGCAUGUGGGGAAAUCCCCUCUGCAUGUGGGGAAAUCCCCUCUGCAUGUGGGGAAAUCCCCCCUGCAUGUGGGGAAAUCCCCUCUGCAUGUGGCGAAAUCCCCUCUGCAUGUGGGAAAAUCCCCUCUCCAUGUGGGGAAAUCCCCUCUGCAUGUGGGGAAAUCCCCCCUGCAUGUGGGGAAGUCCCCUCUGCAUGUGGGGAAAUCCCCUCUGCAUGUGGGGAAAUCCCCUCUCCAUGUGGGGAAAUCCCCUCUGCACGUGGGGAAAUCCCCUCUCCAUGUGGGGAAAUCCCCCCUGCAUGUGGGGAAAUCCCCUCUGCAUGUGGGGAAAUCCCCUCUGCAUGUGGGGAAAUCCCCUCUGCAUGUGGGGAAAUCCCCUCUGCAUGUGGGGAAAUCCCCUCUGCAUGUGGGGAAAUCCCCUCUGCAUGUGGGGAAAUCCCCUCUGCAUGUGGGGAAAUCCCCUCUGCAUGUGGGGAAAUCCCCUCUGCAUGUGGGGAAAUCCUCUCUGCAUGUGGGGAAAUCCCCUCUGCAUGUGGGGAAAUCCCCUCUGCAUGUGGGGAAAUCCCCCCUGCAUGUGGGGAAAUCCCCUCUGCAUGUGGGGAAAUCCCCUCUCCAUGUGGGGAAAUCCCCUCUGCAUGUGGGGAAAUCCCCCCUGCAUGUGGGGAAGUCCCCUCUGCAUGUGGGGAAAUCCCCUCUGCAUGUGGGGAAAUCCCCUCUCCAUGUGGGGAAAUCCCCUCUGCACGUGGGGAAAUCCCCUCUCCAUGUGGGGAAAUCCCCCCUGCAUGUGGGGAAAUCCCCUCUGCAUGUGGGGAAAUCCCCUCUGUAUGUGGGGAAAUCCCCUCUGCAUGUGGGGAAAUCCCCUCUGCAUGUGGGGAAAUCCCCUCUGCAUGUGGGGAAAUCCCCUCUGCAUGUGGGGAAAUCCCCUCUGCAUGUGGGGAAAUCCCCUCUGCAUGUUGGGAAAUCCCCUCUGCAUGUGGGGAAAUCCCCUCUGCAUGUGGGGGAAUCCCCUCUGCAUGUGGGGAAAUCCCCUCUGCAUGUGGGGAAAUCCCCUCUGCAUGUGGGGAAAUCCCCUCUGCAUGUGGGGAAAUCCCCUCUGCAUGUGGGGAAAUCCCCUCUGCAUGUGGGGAAAUCCCCUCUGCACGUUGGGAAAUCCCCUCUGCAUGUGGGGAAAUCCCCUCUGCAUGUGGGGAAAUCCCCUCUGCACGUUGGGAAAUCCCCUCUGCAUGUGGGGAAAUUCCCUCUGCAUGUGGGGAAAUCCCCUCUGCACGUGGGGAAAUCCCCUCUCCAUGUGGGGAAAUCCCCUCUCCAUGUGGGGAAAUCCCCUCUGCAUGUGGGGAAAUUCCCCCUGCAUGUGGGGAAAUCCCCUCUGCAUGUUGGGAAAUCCCCUCUGCAUGUGGGGAAAUCCCCCCUGCAUGUGGGGAAAUCCCCUCUGCAUGUGGGGAAAUCCCCUCUGCAUGUGGGGAAAUCCCCUCUCCAUGUGGGGAAAUCCCCUCUGCAUGUGGGGAAAUCCCCCCUGCAUGUGGGGAAGUCCCCUCUGCAUGUGGGGAAAUCCCCUCUGCAUGUGGGGAAAUCCCCUCUCCAUGUGGGGAAAUCCCCUCUGCACGUGGGGAAAUCCCCUCUCCAUGUGGGGAAAUCCCCCCUGCAUGUGGGGAAAUCCCCUCUGCAUGUGGGGAAAUCCCCUCUGCAUGUGGGGAAAUCCCCUCUGCAUGUGGGGAAAUCCCCUCUGCAUGUGGGGAAAUCCCCUCUGCAUGUGGGGAAAUCCCCUCUGCAUGUGGGGAAAUCCCCUCUGCAUGUGGGGAAAUCCCCUCUGCAUGUUGGGAAAUCCCCUCUGCAUGUGGGGAAAUCCCCUCUGCAUGUGGGGGAAUCCCCUCUGCAUGUGGGGAAAUCCCCUCUGCAUGUGGGGAAAUCCCCUCUGCAUGUGGGGAAAUCCCCUCUGCAUGUGGGGAAAUCCCCUCUGCAUGUGGGGAAAUCCCCUCUGCAUGUGGGGAAAUCCCCUCUGCACGUUGGGAAAUCCCCUCUGCAUGUGGGGAAAUCCCCUCUGCACGUGGGGAAAUCCCCUCUGCACGUGGGGAAAUCCCCUCUGCACGUGGGGAAAUCCCCUCUCCAUGUGGGGAAAUCCCCCCUGCAUGUGGGGAAAUCCCCUCUGCAUGUGGGGAAAUCCCCUCUGCAUGUGGGGAAAUCCCCUCUGCAUGUGGGGAAAUCCCCUCUGCAUGUGCGGAAAUCCCCUCUGCAUGUGGGGAAAUCCCCUCUGCAUGUGGGGAAAUCCCCUCUGCAUGUGGGGAAAUCCCCUCUGCAUGUGGGGAAAUCCCCUCUGCAUGUUGGAAAAUCCCCUCUGCAUGUGGCGAAAUCCCCUCUGCAUGUGGGGAAAUCCCCUCUGCAUGUGGGGAAAUCCCCUCUGCAUGUGGGGAAAUCCCCUCUGCAUGUGGGGAAAUCCCAUCUGCAUGUGGGGAAAUCCCCUCUGCAUGUGGGGAAAUCCCCUCUGCAUGUGGGGAAAUCCCCUCUGCAUGUGGGGAAAUCCCCUCUGCAUGUUGGAAAAUCCCCUCUGCAUGUGGGGAAAUCCCCUCUGCAUGUGGGGGAAUCCCCUCUGCAUGUGGGGAAAUCCCCUCUGCAUGUGGGGAAAUCCCCUCUGCAUGUGGGGAAAUCCCCUCUGCAUGUGGGGAAAUCCCCUCUGCACGUUGGGAAAUCCCCUCUGCAUGUGGGGAAAUCCCCUCUGCAUGUGGGGAAAUCCCCUCUGCAUGUGGGGAAAUCCCCUCUGCACGUUGGAAAAUCCCCUCUGCAUGUGGGGAAAUCCCCUCUGCAUGUGGGAAAAUCCCCUCUGCACGUGGGGAAAUCCCCUCUGCACGUGGGGAAAUCCCCUCUGCACGUGGGGAAAUCCCCUCUCCAUGUGGGGAAAUCCCCCCUGCAUGUGGGAAAAUCCCCUCUGCAUGUGGGGAAAUCCCCUCUGCAUGUGGGGAAAUCCCCUCUGCAUGUGGGGAAAUCCCCUCUGCAUGUGGGGAAAUCCCCUCUGCAUGUGGGGAAAUCCCCUCUGCAUGUGGGGAAAUCCCCUCUGCAUGUGGGGAAAUCCCCUCUGCAUGUGGGGAAAUCCCCUCUGCAUGUGGGGAAAUCCCCUCUCCAUAUGGGGAAAUCCCCUCUGCACGUGGGGAAAUCCCCUCUGCACGUGGGGAAAUCCCCUCUGCAUGUGGGGAAAUCCCCUCUCCAUGUGGGGAAAUCCCCUCUGCACGUGGGGAAAUCCCCUCUGCACGUGGGGAAAUCCCCUCUCCAUGUGGGGAAAUCCCCCCUGCAUGUGGGGAAAUCCCCUCUGCAUGUGGGGAAAUCCCCUCUGCAUGUGGGGAAAUCCCCUCUGCAUGUGGGGAAAUCCCCUCUGCAUGUGGGGAAAUCCCCUCUGCAUGUGGGGAAAUCCCCUCUGCAUGUGGGGAAAUCCCCUCUGCACGUUGGGAAAUCCCCUCUGCAUGUGGGGAAAUCCCCUCUGCAUGUGGGGAAAUCCCCUCUGCAUGUGGGGAAAUCCCCUCUGCACGUUGGGAAAUCCCCUCUGCAUGUGGGGAAAUCCCCUCUGCAUGUGGGGAAAUCCCCUCUGCAUGUGGGGAAAUCCCCUCUGCAUGUGAGGAAAUCCCCUCUGCAUGUGGGGAAAUCCCCUCUGUAUGUGGGGAAAUCCCCUCUGCAUGUGGGGAAAUCCCCUCUGCAUGUGGGGAAAUCCCCCCUGCAUGUGGGGAAAUCCCCUCUGCAUAUGGGGAAAUCCCCUCUGCAUGUGGGGAAAUCCCCUCUCCAUGUGGGAAAAUCCCCUCUGCACGUGGGGAAAUCCCCUCUGCACGUGGGGAAAUCCCCUCUCCAUGUGUGUAAAUCCCCCCUGCAUGUGGGGAAAUCCCCUCUGCAUGUGGGGAAAUCCCCUCUGCAUGUGGGGAAAUCCCCUCUGCAUGUGGGAAAAUCCCCUCUGCAUGUGGGGAAAUCCCCUCUGCAUGUGGGGAAAUCCCCUCUGCAUGUGGGGAAAUCCCCUCUGCAUGUGGGGAAAUCCCCUCUGCAUGUGGGGAAAUCCCCUCUGCAUGUGGGGAAAUCCCCUCUGCAUGUUGGAAAAUCCCCUCUGUAUGUGGGGAAAUCCCCUCUGCAUGUGGGGGAAUCCACUCUGCAUGUGGGGAAAUCCCCUCUGCAUGUGGGGAAAUCCCCUCUGCAUGUGGGGAAAUCCCCUCUGCAUGUGGGGAAAUCCCCUCUGCAUGUGGGGAAAUCCCCUCUGCAUGUGGGGAAAUCCCCUCUGCACGUUGGGAAAUCCCCUCUGCAUGUGGGGAAAUCCCCUCUGCACGUUGGGAAAUCCCCUCUGCAUGUGGGGAAAUCCCCUCUGCACGUUGGGAAAUCCCCUCUGCAUGUGGGGAAAUCCCCUCUGCAUGUGGGGAAAUCCCCUCUGCACGUGGGGAAAUCCCCUCUGCACGUGGGGAAAUCCCCUCUGCACGUGGGGAAAUCCCCUCUCCAUGUGGGGAAAUCCCCCCUGCAUGUGGGGAAAUCCCCUCUGCAUGUGGGGAAAUCCCCUCUGCAUGUGGGGAAAUCCCCUCUGCAUGUGGGGAAAUCCCCUCUGCAUGUGGGGAAAUCCCCUCUGCAUGUGCGGAAAUCCCCUCUGCAUGUGGGGAAAUCCCCUCUGCAUGUGGGGAAAUCCCCUCUGCAUGUGGGGAAAUCCCCUCUGCAUGUGGGGAAAUCCCCUCUGCAUGUUGGAAAAUCCCCUCUGCAUGUGGGGAAAUCCCCUCUGCAUGUGGGGAAAUCCCCUCUGCAUGUGGGGAAAUCCCCUCUGCAUGUGGGGAAAUCCCCUCUGCAUGUGGGGAAAUCCCCUCUGCAUGUGGGGAAAUCCCCUCUGCAUGUGGGGAAAUCCCCUCUGCAUGUGGGGAAAUCCCCCCUGCAUGUGGGGAAAUCCCCUCUGCAUGUGGGGAAAUCCCCUCUGCAUGUGGGGAAAUCCCCUCUGCAUGUGGGGAAAUCCCCUCUGCAUGUGGGGAAAUCCCCUCUGCAUGUGGGGAAAUCCCCUCUGCAUGUGGGGAAAUCCCCUCUGCAUGUGGGGAAAUCCCCUCUGCAUGUGGGGAAAUCCCCUCUGCAUGUGGGGAAAUCCCCUCUGCAUGUUGGGAAAUCCCCUCUGCAUGUGGGGAAAUCCCCUCUGCAUGUGGGGAAAUCCCCUCUGCAUGUGGGGAAAUCCCCUCUGCAUGUGGGGAAAUCCCCUCUGCAUGUGGGGAAAUCCCCUCUGCAUGUGGGGAAAUCCCCUCUGUAUGUGGGGAAGUCCCCUCUGCAUGUGGGGAAAUCCCCUCUGCAUGUGGGAAAAUCCCCUCUGCAUGUGGGGAAAUCCCCUCUGCACGUUGGGAAAUCCCCUCUGCACGUGGGGAAAUUCCCUCUGCAUCUGGGGAAAUCCCCUCUGCAUGUGGGGAAAUCCCCUCUGCACGUUGGGAAAUCCCCUCUGCAUGUGGGGAAAUCCCCUGUGCAUGUGGGGAAAGCCCCUCUGCAUGUGGGGAAAUCCCCUCUGCAUGUUGGGAAAUCCCCUCCGCAUGUGGGGAAAUCCCCUCUGCAUGUGGGGAAAUCCCCUCUGCAUGUGGGGAAAUCCCCUCUGCAUGUGGGGAAAUCCCCUCUGCAUGUGGGGAAAUCCCCUCUGCAUGUGGGGAAAUCCCCUCUGCACGUUGGGAAAUCCCCUCUGCAUGUGGGGAAAUCCCCUCUGCAUGUGGGGAAAUCCCCUCGUCGCACGUGGAAACUGGGCCAUUGA